GAUACAAUAUGGAAUUAUGGAAUCAUUUGAUUGAUGGUGAUUUUAAUCCAGGAGGAACUGAGGAUGUUCAAUUAUAACCCUUUCAAGAAGAAAGUUAAUGAAUUGUUUAUGGUCAAUAACGAAAUAGCGUUUCCGCACUAUUUGAACAACAUGGAACAGUUCAAUUUGAGGGUUUCCAUGUUCAUCCAGUGGCCUAGGGUGAGCAAGACGAGGAAACGAUGGAAUGGCGAAGAUGUUACCCUUCUCAUGAUCAUCGGUAAGAUUCUCAACGCAAAUAUCACCAUAGUCCAAACUCCAACAGCUGAAGGUUACGGAGGGGCUUACAAAAGCAUAAUGGCCAACGAAAGCGAUUUCUGCUUCGUCAAAUUCUUCCAAGUGGACGAAUUUGAAGACGUUGAAUUCACGAGUCCCUUAGAGUUGAAUUCUGUGGAGUUGUUCGUUCCUUACCCCAAACCGAUACCAACAUACCUAACUAUAUUCAUGGUAUUUACACUAGAUCAAUGGGCGAUCAUUGGGCUCCUGUUGAUUCUUGCAAUAGCAUUCUUCAAAAGUUUCAGUAGGUACCUGAAGAAUACUAGAAGAUGGAAGCUAGGCGAAGUGGUAAUGAUGAUGAUAUUGAUAGCCUUAAACCUGAGCGUGAAGAACUUGGAGAAGACGGCUAAACUGUUAAGGAUGGUACUUUAUCCCUUCAUAAUACUGAGUCUGAUAUUCUCGGUAGCUUUCCAAAGCAACCUUCUGACCAGGCUCCAGUUCUUAUUCUUCUACGACGGGAUUAAAAAUUUGAAGGAUCUAGCCCUGUCAGGGUUUCCUAUUUACACUUACGUCCACCUACCUUACCCUACAGCCGAAGUGAUCAGGAACCAAGUGAUCUCAUUGCCCAGCUUAGAUUACCCAGAGUUGACCCAAAAUGGAAGAAAACUGGCUGCGUUCGGUCUGCCGUUUUCCCGUAAGAGAAUGCCACCUAGGAAACCAGGAGUACGGCCUAUCAGAUACUACUCAUUGGAUCAAGUUUUGGCUCGUGGCUAUGGGGUUUAUAUGUUUCGUAAGCACUCACCGUUCGUCAGUAAAUUCAGCAGAGUUAUGGCCAGUAUAAAACAGUACGCGCUCACGAAUUCAAGGGUCAUCGACAAAACUGUCGCCAUUGUGGACGAUUAUACGAUGGAUGACUUCCAAAAAGAAUACCUUACUCUAUUCGAGCUGGCUAGUGUAUUUUAUAUUUUAAUUUUAGGAUUGGUUCUCGGACUGUUCGUAUUUUUCAUUGAGAUAUUUUUCAAGUAUCAUAGGAACAUGAAGUCUGGCUGUUAA